AUGGAAAACCUAGCUCCGCAAAAUCUGGAGGAUCGCCUAAUAAAGAAGGCACACCAACAUGACGAAGAGUCACCGGACACAGGCGGCGCUUCUCCCAACCGUAUGGAUAUUGAGGCUAUCAGCAAACCCACCCUAGAAACUUCGCCUGGCCCAACCUCCUAUCGUGAUACUCUACUCAAGGAUAAUCCUACGGAUCUUUCGAUUGAUGAAGAAAUAAUGGAUGAGGAAGAUGUUGAAGUCUUUGAAGAUGAUGUCGUUCGUGGUGUCGUGGAUGGUUUAAUAUCCAUUGAUUUCUCUGACCGAGUUCAAGCCAUUGCCAAUAAGUGUUUCGAUCAGACUAUGGUGGUGAAGCUACUUGAGAGGCAUUUCUUGACAGCGCUCUCCGAUAGUCCAUGGACAAUCUUCGGACAUUAUUUGACUAUUGAACUGUGGCAUGCCUCUUCACAAUUAUUCCCUCGUCGAAUUGUGGCAUGGAUACGGCUUUUGGGAUUGCCGAUAACUCUUUAUAAACGUAGUAUCAUCACUAAAAUUGGUGAAUGCAUUGUGAAGGUUGUUAAAAUCGACUACCAAACAAAAACGAGGCGUCCAGGAUGCUUUGCACGAAUGGCGGUGAGCGUGGAUAUGGAAAAACCAUUAACCUCAAAGCUCUUAAUCAAUGGCCGUGUACAAAUCAUUAAAUAUGAAUCACUGCCUACCAUCUGCUUCUCUUGUGGCCGAUAUGGACAUGUUAAAGACAUCUGCCCUGAAAACACUGUUGAAGACCAACAAGAAUAUGAUGCUCCAAAAAAACAAGUUGCUGAAGCACAAUUGUCGAGUGCCAACCAAAAAUCCGAACCCUUCAGACUAUAG